AUGGUCGCUUGCACUCGGACAGUCAGCCCAGCGAUCCGGUGGCGCCGGCUGCAACUGAGUUCCCUACGGCACACAGCCCGCAGUAGUUCGACUGCUCUUGCAUCGGCACGGUUUUGGGCGGCUGUCAAGCGCGGCUCAUCAUCGAGAGCCCCGCCGCAGAUCUUGCCAACUGGGCCAACCCGUCGCACUAUCCACAUCCCGCCUGCGCUCCUACCACCAGUGAUUUUUUGUGGGUUGUUAGUUGCGCUAUGGGUCUGGAAGUGCGUGAUGUUGGUGGUAUUCCAGAACAAGAUCAUAUACAUGCCCGGACUACCGCCGAACGCUCGCAGAGAACGGAUCGCGGAUUGGGCAAGCUUAUGCGGGGGCGUCCAGUGGACCGAUGAGAGGACGGUAGCUGCGGACGGGACCGAUCUUGCCAUGGCUGUCACGACCGUUCCCAUGGCGCGUGGGAGACAGUCAGCUGCUGAAUCGCUAGAAAAGCCAGCAGCCACUCAUGUUUAUGUUCUCUACUUCCAGGGCAACGCCUCGUCGAUCCCUCCCCGACUCCCAGACCUGUCCUGGGUUUUGCGGGCUGUCGGUGAAAGCAAAUGGCCUUCCCUGCAGUCCGUGCAGUUAACUUUUGUAUGCUUGAGCUACAGAGGAUACUGGACCUCACGCGGUCGACCCUCGGAGGGAGGACUCCGGCUUGACGCUGAGGCCGGUGUGCGGUGGGUUGCGGAACGUCACGCACGUCUGUCCGCGGGCAUCGAUGGGAAACCCCCAAUACUGCUUGUCUGGGGACAGAGUAUUGGUUCAGGUGUGGCAACGAACCUUGCAGCGACUGGCAACAUUCCAUUCAACAUUCGGAUCAAUGGCCUGCUGUUAGAAACGCCGUUUGUGUCGAUCAGAGCCAUGCUGGAAACGCUGUACCCGCAAAAGUGGUUGCCGUACAAGUAUCUCUGGCCAUUUCUUCGGAAUCACCUGGACAGUUGGGAAAACUUGGGUUUGGUGGCUCAAGCUGAGAGAGAGAGGGGUUUGAAAGCACCCGCCAUCUACAUCCUCGAGGCCGAGAGGGAUGAGCUGGUCCCCAAGGAGCAGAGCGAGCGGCUGUUUCAAAGAUGCCGAGACCUCGGCCUGCCCGUCGAAAAAGGGGUCGCUCCUGUCGCAUAUCACCAACAAGCAAUCGCCAGGGGAGAAGGGAAGCAGUUGGCCGCACAAGCCAUCUUGAAAUUGACACAGCGAUCUCUGGAAGAAUGA